CGUGACAAUACAUAUACUUGUCAUCUUGUAUUGGCUGCAGUGUGUUGACUCGGUUGACUUGCAACAUCACCGUUAGCACCGGCGACUCGCAGAUCAGCACGAGAUGGAGGCACCAAUCGCAAACAACUGGCCGGGCGACUUAUCAUCAUAACUUGGCUUCUUUUGGCUGCGACUUCACCGAAGAUUCAGCAUCGGCUUCGAGCUUCGAGUUUACUUCGGAGGGGAAAGUGCGGCGGUGAAACGAAGAGAGAGAGAGAGAGAGAGAGAGAGAGAGAGCCAGCCAGCCGGAGAGAAGGAAGAACGACUCUUUGGAGACAACGCAAGCAGAAGCCACGGCGACGACGCGCAUCUCCUGUAUCCGUAUACCCACGUUCAACUUGUGUACCAGGUACUUGGGAAGCCGCUUCACUCAAAGCUGGACACGAAAUAAACAACACAAAGGAGUUGUGUGGAUAUAUCGUUUUUAUUAAGAGUACCGGCUCUUUAAGCCGAGACAUGAGGGUCCUGGGCCUAAGUGCGACUCAGUACUGAUGGUGUACUCUCUACCUUGACACACCUGAGAAUAUAGAUGCUAGAGCAAGAGCUUUCAAGCAACAUGGAUUCAAAUGAAAGCAGUGAGGAUAUAAUUAUGGAUAAAGCUAAUAAAAUGGAGGUUUCUGACUCAGCUGUCCAAUAUAAGAAUGACGAGCAAGGGACAAAUCAAGUUAGCUCCAAUAAAGUGUUACUAGAGGAACAUAACAAAAUUGAAGAUGUCAGCAGCUCAUGUGCUGAGACCAAUGAAACUGAGGGUGAUCUUUUACUUUUAACAAAAGAAAACGAAGACGACGCAAAAAUCAAUACCUUACAGACUGAUUCUAAGGUAGAACAACCUAAACAAGUAGAUAAUGAAAAGCCAAACAGUGUUGCCAGUCUGGAUAAAGAUUCCGAUAGUUCAGAUAUGGAUGCAUUGGAAUUAAAGUCAGUAUCAUCGGAAACUCCUAAAUUUGAUGAAAGUAAUAAAGAGUUUGAGUAUCCUGUAAUUAACAAGAAUGUCGAGAGUACAAAAGAUGAAAUGGAUAUUGAACCAAAUAAUCAGGGGGAUAACGAUACACCAAGGUCACAAAGUGACAAAACCGCAGAAAAUACGCUGAAGGAUGAUAAUAAAAAUAUGGAAGAUGUGAAAGUCGCAGAAAAUAUUAAGAGUACAGAGAAAACAGAAAAUACGAGUACAAAUGAUGUGGAAGAUACAAAGGAUGUAAAAGAAGCAAUACCAGUAGAGGCAAAUGAAAUGCAAGAUGCAAAGAGUUUAGAUAGUACUGUAGAUACCAAAAGUCCAGAAGAUGUAAAAGAAAUUCAGAGUACUGUAGAUAGUAGUAAUGUUAAAGAUAUCAAAGAAAAUACAGAUCCUGUAAAAAUUAAGAGAGUCAAGAGAAGCGUCAUUAGUGCAAUUGCUAAGAAAGAGACUGCUAAAGAGAACGUUGCGGAGGCCAAGGAAGUUGAGAAAUCUGAGGAAAACAAGGACAUCGAAGCCACUGAGGGAGUUGAAAACAAAGUGACGAUUACCGUCAAAAAUAACAAAUUUUUUUUUAAAUACAUGAAGAAUACAAAAGAAACAAAAGAUCUUGCAAAUGACAAAAAUACCAAGGAAACCGACAGCGUUAACACAAGCAUCAAUACCAGAGAAGGAAAAAGAAAACGCAAGAGCACAGUGCUGUCGUCAGAGCAGAGCUCGCCAGCAGUCGAGAAACAGCAACAAAAUGGCAGCCCGUUGAAGCGCAAGCGUGCAGCUACUGUAGCAUCAGCCACGGUCGCCGAGCCAGUACAAACGCCAACACCUGAAAAACCAGCUGUUGUAGAAGAGUUGAAAAAAAAUGACAAAUACUGCUGGCGCUGCCACAAAGAGUCGGUGGAAAUGCAAUGCACCACGUGCCCGCGUUCCUGGCAUCGACGCUGCAUGGGUGGUGCUCCGCCACUCAGCGUCAUCGACUGGGAAUGCAGCGAGUGCGUUGGCAUAAGCCAGGCCGAAAGCGCUGAAAAUCGCUUGAUAACCAUGGCACAGCUUACCCCUGAGCAGCUGGUCGUGAUGCUUAAACAUGUUGUCCAGCGCAUGAGAGAUCAAACUGGGUCCCAGCCCUUUUUGAAGGAAGUCGAUCCAGACGAUGUUCCUAAUUACUUGGAUUACGUUGUCAAUCCAAUGGAUUUAAGCUUACUGGAAUCCAAUGUUCGUGCCAAAAAGUACGCUAGUACAGAUGCUUUUAUGGCUGACGCCAGAUGGAUUCAGCAUAACUGUAUAGUUUUCAAUACAUAUUCAUCAAAAUUGACAAACACAGCGAAACAAAUGUUGAAAGUAGCGAAACAAGAAGUGUCGGAGAUCGAGGCCUGUCCAGAUUGUUUUGCUCACGGGCGUAAUUUACCACGACCGUUGCCAUCUUGGUUUAUUGAGCCUUGCCGUCGACCACAUCCGAUCGUCUGGGCGAAACUAAAAGGUUUCCCUUUUUGGCCGGCAAAAGCAAUGCCGCGACUUAAUGCCCAGGGUUUAGUGGAUGUUCGUUUCUUUGGUGAACACGAUCGUGCCUGGGUAUCGCCCAAAGAUAUAUAUUUGUACUCUAAGGAGCCACCUGCUGGUACACCCAGGAAGAAAAAAAUUGAGAUGGAUCAAUGCAUGAAAGAGGUUCAAGACCACGUUAAAAAACUUGAACGCGUUUUUGGAGAGUUUAAGUAUUCUUUGCAAAAAGUUCAGUACGAUCCACACGAUCUUAAACAAAUUCAAAUACUGCUACCUAACUACGACCCGCUAGAAAAUAAAGUCAAUAAGAAGGAAAAUCCAAAAACCGAAGUACAAACUCUUGCUGUGAAAAAUAAAGUCACACCUGCCAAGGCAGAGAAGAAGAUGCCUAAUCUUAAAAACACUGUUACGCCAAGUUCAAAUGGAUUGACGGCAAACAUUCGGCCAACAUCAGAAAGGCGUAAGGUGCUACGAAAGAAGCGACUCCUGUCUCCCGAAUUGCAGGAGCCAUCAUCUGUUCCGAAUAAAACGAGCAGGCUAAGUUCCGAGAUGGAAGCAGUCGUUCUUAUCCCUCCGAAAAAGAGCAAAAGUAAAAGCCCUCCUGCACCUGUAGCUACUACCACACCAACAACACCAACUGCAAAUAAUGCCAGUAGCAAUAACAACAACAAUGACAAAAACAACCCCAACAACAACAAGGACAACGACAAUAAUGACCAAAGUAGUAGUAAAGACGUCAAAAAGAGUACAACCAGCACGCCGGAAGUUACUACUCCUAAAUUAGACGUGAGUAGCACAAAAAACAAUAUUCCAAAACCCAUCCUUGUACCAGUAAGAAAGAUCAGACAGCCAGUCUUGAAAAAAAUAAAACUGACCAAAGAGAGCCCCAAGUUGGAUGAAUCCAUGCGAAAGCCAAUGGUAGUUGUAAAGACUAUGAACAGUUUGAAACCUACCACGAUCAUCCAUAACUUGCCUUCACUGAACAAUUUCCCAGACAAUCUCGAAGCAACUCCAGUGAAAAUUUUGGGCACAGGCAAGAAGUUGGUAUCCAUUCUCCCGAAAAAAAAUCCGACUAUACCGACAAAAGUUUUAAAUUCCAAGACUAUUCAAGUCAUUCAACAGGAUGGCAAAAUAGUGAAUAGGACGAUAAAAACGAUAAAUAUGCCGGUGACGAAAGAGGCAGCAAAGUUUUCGGUGAUCUCUGCGAUUCAACCCAAAGACAAGAGUGAUCUGACGUCGAAUAGCAACAAUAAACCGAUGACGACGAUGCCCUUGAUAUCUAAGAAAGAACAAAUGGCCAUACUCGAAGAAUUUAGUUCGAGCGUGUCCGAGCCGAUGAAACACUUUAAUAAUCAGGCCGAAAAAGAAAUUAGGUUGAAUACGGCAGUCACGAUAAUCAAGCAAGAGCCGAAAGACGAAGUAUCAUCCCUUCAUCCAUCAAUUCAGCCCGCUCAACCAAAGCUGACGAUUGUGAGGAAGCCGAGCAAGGCGCGCAAGUCCUUCUCAAACAAGACACCGCAAUUCCCCCAACAUUCCGCACAAUCAUUGACUAGGCCGAACUCGAGCGCAGCGAAUGACUCGCUGGUUCACAUUUCGACCAAACAGAACAACGAUACGCGUUGCACUCCUUCUGCUGGUACUUUUAAUUCCUCUGCUUCAUCGGCUAUCGUUUCCACGACGUCCUCAAUAAACACGGCCUACGAGCUUCCACCACCCGAGGCUGGUCCUCUGACGGCCCAGAUCCAUCGGCAUUCACGAGAAUUGGUCAACAAAAUGGCCCAGCUGAUUGCCGACACGGUCCGGGACGCGGCUGAGAGUAACGCGGUGGCAGCUGGUGGUAUCGCGAAUCAUCACGACGCUACGAUACAUCACCUCAAACUCAAGAUAGAGCGGAUGAAAUGGGAGCACGAGCAAGAAAUUAAUGAGCUCAAACACAGUCAGGAACAAAAACUGCGAGAGAUGAAGGCGAGCUUAGAAAUCGAGCAUCAUCGAGCACUGGAGAAUGCACAUCGCGAAGCCGAGAUCGACAAGCGGCGCUGCGUCGAAGAGACAAAGCGCAAGCAAUGGUGCGUGGUUUGCGGUCGCGAGGCGAUGUUCUUUUGUUGCUGGAAUACGGCCUACUGUGACUAUCCGUGCCAGCAAAAGCACUGGUCCGCCCAUGUCAACAACUGCGCCCAAAAGAAUCCGCCGUCAUCCCAGUCAUCCGCUUCAUCGGUCACCUCGACCUCACAGUUGCAGACACAGAGGCACGGCACCAGUAAUGUUGCCAAGCAUCAGGUGAUGCCAAAACUCGUUAAUACAAAGUCGCAACAGCAGCAGUCGGUGCCUGUGAUGAGAAAAACCUCCUUAUAACGAGUGAUAGCUUGCUCAAGGACCUAGAGCGUCCGGUGCCGUAGCGGAUCUCAGCUCAACCUCGUUUCUUUGACCUGUGUAUAAUCUUUUCCCAACGAUAUAUAUAUAUAUUUUUUUUUUUACUUUUGUGUCGUCCGAUAAAUAUGGGACUCGUUCGUGUCCUUUCUGCACUUUUUCUUUAUGUACAUUAAAUAAGCGUGCACGAGCGCUCCCACGGA